AUGGCAAGGCUUCAACUCGCCUGGAAAUGUCUUCCACAUAUCAAGUCUUGCAUUGAGAAGCUCAGGGACAACACCCUAACCAGACCCGUGCUACAAAUUAUUGACUCCAUAGAACUGGGGUCGGAGGGUCGACGCGUCUUUACUUCCUUCAUCACACUGAAGCUUGCCGAGCAAUACUUUGAUUCUACCUCUAAAUAUUGGUGGAGAAGCGAAUACGACGAGAGAGAGUUGCCCAGAGCCGAUUUCUUCAACACUAUGGAUGUAGUUGAGCACGAGGUUGGAGACCUGUUGAAGACCAAGGCCCCACAACCGAUUCCGCAGCCCGACACGUUCAUAGGCCUACUCUGGUUCACUGUUUCUUUCAAAUCAGUACAAGAUCAGGUCGGUCUGGCCAAGACAAACAUUGGGUGGAUCAAUUCUCCUGCUGUACUUCGCUGUCAAUUUUUAGAAGCCUUGCCGACAGCAAGAGAUCUAUAUAAGUGUGAUAUACUUUCCAAAGAGCUCAGAAUUUGGGACGACUUGUUUUGA